CAAUCACCGACUUCAUUAGCUGCAGCUGCAGCUGCUCAAUAUCAACAAGCUGCUGCACAACAGCAUUACGGCGGUGCUACCGGUGUAUCGUUGCCGGUGAAACCGGAAACUUCCUCGGAUGGUACCAAUACGGGAGCGAAUAGCACUGAAUCGUCGGAUUCUGCUGCUGCAGCGGCAGCAUCCGAAUCCGCUCUUGCUUCACAGUUUCGUGCCUUCUAUGAACCUCACAAGGAUUCGUCAGCUUCAGCAGCAGCAGCGGCCGCAACAAUGAACAUGUAUAUGCCACAAGAUCCACGCUUACAGUAUGCCGCUCUGAAUAGUACCAUGGAAGGGCACAUGACGCUUCCCUUACAGCACAUGCAAUCCAUGUGA